AUGUCUUCUUCCAAUGUAGAGGCACAUUCACAUCAGAAGAACAAAAGGGGUCUACCUGAUAUCCUCGAACCCUCAUUUGAUCUGGAUGGACCGACUAGGGCUUUUCAUUCCCACAAAAAGACAAAGAGAGAUCCUGUGUCACAUUCAGGGACUCAAAGCGACGAGAACUCUGAUCAUUGCGGAUCAUUUGCUGCUGAUCCAGAGUUUGUCUUGCCCCCCAUGUCACAACCCAAUUCAUUUAUAGGAACACGGAAUGAUUCUGGAUAUAGCAAUCUCGCAUGCUUUGGGCUUAUUCAUAACAUACAAACAAAACUACUCGAUUCCACGACACAGGAGGUUUUAGGGAGAAAUGCCAUCGGCACUAACUCAAAAGAUACGCCGUCGCUCAAGCUUCGCUUUCAGCCUGAGAGUGAAGUUGUUUGUCUGACGACCUCCACUCUUGAUGAAUCAUAUUCCCAGGCAGAUUUUGCAAUUCUCAAUGAGAAGACCGGCCGACUACUUUGCCAGAUGAAGAAUCUAGGUUGUCAUUUUGAGACAAUUCCUUCAACAGCUGAACUCAAUCAUGAAUUGGCAGCCGAGAGAAAGAUGUAUAUUUAUGUUGAUGUCACAGUGGCUGGUCCUAAGAACAUAUGUAAUGCCGUUGGUACACUGUUGUCGACCGCAAAAAUUUACUUGCAGCAUCCUGAGACGAUGCAAAUCGAGAAAUAUACCGACUAUCAAAACCCCCAUUUCUUGAGUUUCGAUAAGGCACCUAGGAGCAUGAUUAUGGAAAGUGAACAACCACAUACUAUCAACUCGUCAAACGAAUAUUCUCUGGGCAUCGACAUGGAUGCUAGGGAGGAUAAUCGACUUCAACCAAAACUUCACAAGAAGGUCACAAAGAUUUUGAAUUCGUUGACAAGGGGUCAGAAACUGAAAAGAAUCGAGGCAAACAUCAAGAUAAUAACACCCCUUAUGCAACACCAGGCAGAAGCACUAGACUUCAUAGCGCAGAGGGAAUUUGGUCCAAUUCCCGAUGAAUAUUCUUUGUGGACUCUGCAAAGAUACGAAAACCAGAUUUGUUAUCAACACAGGAUAUCAGGUCAUAAACGUGGCGAUAGUCCGAUCGAAUGUGGUGGAGGAAUUUUGGCAGAUGACAUGGGCCUCGGAAAGACACUGACAGUCCUUGCCAGUAUUAUGCAGGCAUCUAAAGAAGCCGAGGACUUCUUUGGUAGUUCCCCUCGAGGCUUUGAGCACGACAAGAACUUCAAAUACAAGGUUCGUUCAAAAUCGACACUCGUUAUUGUGCAAACAUCUUUACUCAUCGAUGGAUGGAGAGAGGAAAUCGCCAAACACUGUCGGGGAUAUGUGAACAUUAACAUAUACCAUGGUCGUGGGCGCGAGACAAGCCGUAAGCCCCUAAUCGAAGCGGACAUCGUACUGAGUACAUAUGAUACAAUCUCUGCGGAAUCAUUAGAUCCAGAAAGUCCAGUCUAUGGUAUUGAAUGGUUCCGUCUUGUUCUUGACGAAGCUCACAGAAUUCGCAACAUGAAGACGAAGCUAUUUCGAUCAAUGAGUCAACUUUCUGCAAACAUAAGAUGGUGCCUAACAGGUACCCCUAUUCAAAAUAGUUUGGAUGACCUCGCAGCGUUGGUUUCUUUCAUUCGUUCCUCGCCCCUAGAUGAACUUCCAGUGUUCCGGAAGCACAUUAUAAAUCCACUUCUGAAAGAAAAGAAUGAAGGGGCUGCCAAUCUUCGAACAUUGCUGGACUCAAUAUGCUUACGACGCACCAAAAAGUUACUAAAUCUACCAAGUCUAGUAGAGAUAUAUCGGCCGGUCCACUUCUCUUUCGAAGAAAAGUCGCUGUAUGAUUCGACGCGACGAGAGGAAAUACAGGCCGUGAAACAACAAGAUAGUCAAGGCAGAAACCAAAAAGGCUACUUUGGAAUCUUCCAGCUGCAACUACAACUGCGGCGGCUUUGUAAUCAUGGCACAUUUCUCAAGAGAUGUUCUUCCAUUUCUCAAACUGAUACGCACUUUGAUCCUGAGCAAGCCCUUGAACUACUGCAAGAGAAAAACGAGUCUAGAUGCCACUAUUGCAAUGUAGGGAUCGAAGGCCUCGGCAGUAGUGUCAUCCAUCGUGGCCGCUUCACUACUUGUGGACAUCUUUUAUGCUUUGACUGUGUUUCUAUAUACAGGAACUCCCUCAUUACAGAUAAAGAUGACAUUCACUCACGUUGUUCAAUAUGUAGUCAACCAGUUAUCAACAAUGCCUGCUUUGCCGACGAGGUCGGAAACAAACGCAAGGCUCAUUCAUUGACAACAUCAAGCAAAUUCGAGAGCACUGGAAUCGCAUCCAAAAUGAAGGAACUGCUGAAGGAUAUAAACCGAAAUCAGACAGGAGGCAAGAGUAUCAUAUUUUCAUGUUGGACUACAUCGCUGGACCUUGUUGGGCAUCAUCUGAAGCUCUGCGGGCUGCCCUUUGAACGAAUAGAUGGGAGUUGCACCCGUGCGCAAAGAUAUGACAUCUUACAAAAAUACACCACAGAUGAAAAUAUACGGAUACUCAUAAUGACAACUGGGACAGGGGCGGAGGGUCUCAAUAUUACAGUCGCCAAUUAUGUAUACAUACUGGAGCCACAAUGGAAUCCAAUGGUAGAAGCUCAAGCGAUCGCCCGGGUCCAAAGAAUUGGUCAGAACAGGGACGUCAAGAUUUUCAGAUAUAUUGUAGAGGAUACCGUGGAAAAGGGUAUCCAAGCUCGACAAUCGAGGAAGCUGGAUUACGCGAAGAUGGGUUGGACCGGAGACCAAUUGGAGCUUCCAGAAGAUUCUACAAGUAAAUCCAAUGGUGGAUGA